UGCAAGCGUCGCGCUGCGGACGUCCUUUGCGUCAGGUCUUCGCGUCGCCUGCAGAGCCUCCAGUACCCGCGGCAAGCGAACGGACAAGGGCACCGCGGCAGGACGCCAUGCCUUUCUUUGAUAUACAGAAAAGGCUGGGCAUUGACCUAGACCGCUGGAUGACAAUUCAAAGUGCUGACCAGCCUCACAAGAUUCCUUCUCGGUGCCACGCUUUUGAAAAAGAAUGGAUAGAAUGUUCACAUGGAAUUGGUGCUAUUCGCGCAGAGAAAGAGUGCAAGAUAGAAUAUGAUGAUUUUGUAGAGUGCCUUCGUCGGCAGAAAACGAUGAAACGUCUGAGUGCCAUCUUGAGACAGCGGAAUAAGCUAAUCAAGGAGGGGAAGUACACACCUCCACUCUACCACACGGGCAAGGAGGAUCCUAGGCCCUGAGCAGAGCAGCUGCCGAUGGCUGGGGGCUGAUUUUCGUGUUCCUUCUUCUCUACUGGAAAGUUUAUGUACUAGCAAACCUCUUUGUGAAGGAGUCUAAAAAUAAAGGAUUGCUCCAUCUUACUUGUUCUAUA